CUGUAGUUUAUUAAAAUUUGACGCUUUCCGUAUUUCCUUGAAUAUUUUGCAUCUAAUAUGGCUAUGUUCUUAUGCUGAGCACUAAGAGAAGUCGAUGUGACUUAUGCUAACCAUUUACUAGCUCUGUCACUAAACAUUUACUAGCCCUUACACUUUUUUUUAGUUGUUACACUUGGGGUUCGAACCCCAACCCAACACACACACACCCUUGCAAAAAUUAAUCGUGAAAAACUUAGAAACAAACAUACGAGGAUAAGGUUUAGUUCACUUUAACUAUGUUGUUCAAACUUGCAGAAAGUCUUGAUCCCAGUUUUGCAAGAGACAGGUAGGUUACACAAGGCAAUCUCAUCUGAUGUUGGAUGAUUUCAUUAAGAUUGAAAAUGAAUACGGAAAUAUUGAAGGGAAGUUUGGGCAGAAAGGAAAGGACUAUGUUAAGUGGGCAGCAAAGAUGGCUUUAAGCCUUGGUGCUGGGGUUCCAUGGGUGAUGUACAGGCAAACUGAUGCUCCGGAUGAAGUUAUAGAUGCAUGCAAUGGAUACUACUAUGACGGUUAUAGGCCAAAUUCUUAUAACAAACCCACGCUUUGGACUGAAAAUUGGGAUGGAUGACGGAGCAGGGUUUAGAGGGCAAGUUAAACUUACUGGAUUUCAAAAUGGGGAUAUAGACCUCUCAAAGUCUUUAUGGACCUACCAGGUUGGGCUCAAGGGAGAAUUCUUGAAGAUAUAUGUUGCAGAAGAAAAUGAAAAGGCAGGGUGGAUUGAUUUAACUCCAGAUGCUGAUCCAUCGAUAUUAACAAUUUGAUGGCACCGCCUCCACCACCUCCAACAGACCAAGCUUCAGAUGCAAAUUUAAGAGAGUCGCCAUCUAUUUCAGUUCGGGAGUCACAAGAUGAUUCUUAGUUUAUUUACAUUAAUUUACUAAGGAAUGAACUUUAUGAAGUUUUUUUUAUUUUGGUAAGGGUAACCUUAAAAUAAUAACUUUAUGACUUAUUUUAGUAUUGAACAUUAUAAAGAAUUUUAGCAUUAAACAUUUUA